AUGCAGCUUGUGAGUAGUUUGGUGUCUUUUAUGCUGGUGCUCUAUAGUGUUCAAGCAGCAGCUGUUCUUCCUGUGGAGGAGAGAAGCCCCACACACACCAGGGAGUUGAGUAAGGAGCGUAAAGAGCUGAUUCUAAGGCUGAUUUCAGGCUUGCUGGAUGGAACAGACAACAGUGUGUUGGCUGGAGACAUGACCCCCCCAGACCUGGAGGAGCCCCUGGAGUCCCGUCUGGAGGAGAGAGCUGUCUACAACAGGUUAUCACAGCUGCCUCAGCGAGACCGCAAAGCUCCCUGUAAAAAUUUCUUCUGGAAGACCUUCACAUCAUGCUAA